ACACGAGACACAACUGUAGAACUUACCACUUCAGAUUUUAGAAGCACCUGAUAGAGAUAGAGAUAGAGUUUUCGAACGUUUCAACUUUCAAUACAAUCAUUGCGUGGGUGCAACUUCAUCACUGUUUCCUAUUUUGCCGGCUAAAAUUCCUAAUUUAUAAACCCCCAAAAUGUCGUGUUUUUUCAUUCAAACUCCCCCAAAUUCCACCAACUUCCUCCUUCAAUCUGAAACCCACCUCAAAAUCAUCAUCCAAUUUCUCCCAAUUCAAUUCAAUAUUACCCUGAUUUCCUCCUAAACUAAUAAAUCAAUGGAUAAAUCAGAAGAAGAGACUUUAAUUAUCAACUCCGAAAGCAUCACACUUAACGGAACCCUAAUUCCGUUGACCUUCAACUCCGACGGAACCCUCCGGUGGGUUGAUGGCGACAAUGAAAAGUGUUUGUCGUUAGAGAAGGAGGUUCUAGGAGUUUCCAUGGAAGAUUCCAGAAUUAUCCUGAAAUGUGCUGUUAAGAGUAGUGGCAGUGGUGGUGGGAUUCUCAAUUGUUCCUCCACUGAAGAUUUGGUGAGGAAGAGUUUAGUUUUGGAGAGUUCGUCCCAGGAGGCUCUUCAGAUUUGGUUUCGGAAGCUUCGAGAAUUUAUAGAUUCUCUUGGUCGACCAAAAAGGCUGUAUAUUUUGGUGAACCCAUAUGGUGGGAAGAAGUCCGCAUCAAAGAUAUUUGUUGAGACCAUGCAGCCAUUGCUUGAGGAUGCCGAAAUCCAAUUUACAUUGCAAGAAACUAAACAUCAGCUACAUGCAAAGGAACUUGCUUGUGAACUAGAUCUUACCAAGUACGAUGGUGUCGUUUGUGUUAGUGGGGAUGGCAUCUUGGUUGAGGUAGUAAAUGGCUUGCUGCAAAGAGAUGAUUGGGAUACUGCAAUAAAGAUGCCUAUUGGAGUGAUUCCUGCAGGUACUGGAAAUGGUGUGGCAAAAUCUUUGUUGGAUUCAGUUGGAGAUCCUUGUACUGUAGUUAAUGCCACUGUUGCUAUCAUUCGGGGGCACAAAACAUCCCUCGAUGUUGCUACUAUUUCGCAAGGGAAAACAAGGUUUUAUAGUGUCUUAAUGCUUGCGUGGGGUCUUGUGGCAGACAUAGACAUUGAAUCAGAAGUAUGGAGGUGGAUGGGAGGGGCCCGUUUAGAUUUAUAUGCCGUAAAAAGAAUACUUCAAUUGAGGAAAUAUAAUGGACGUGUUCAUUUCGUCCCAGCACCUGAUUUUGAAGAUUAUACAGAGAAAAUAAGCCAUAAAGUUACAUCAGUUCAAGACGUGCCGUUUUGCAGUUCGAGUAAAAAGCAGACCAAUGCUCAAGAAAGUGGCUAUCUAGGGCCUAAUGUUGACCUGGAAAACAUGAACUGGCAGACCAUAGAAGGACCAUUCAUUUCAGUUUGGAUCCAAAAUGUACCUUGGGGUAGUGAAAGUUCAAAGCCAGCUCCUAGUGCCAAGUUUUCAGAUGGUUAUUUAGAUGUAAUCCUUAUGAAAGAUUGCCCGAAAUUGGGUUUGCUGUCAAUAUUGACUAGUUUGAGCAACGGAGAUCAUGUGAAAUCGCCACAUGUCUUGUACUUUAAGGUAAAAUCCUUUAUUUUGGAGCCUGGUUCCCGUACCAAGGACUCUACAAAGGGAGGAAUCAUAGACUCUGACGGCGAGGUGUUGGCCAGAGGUAAUGGUACAUACAAGUGUGACGAGAAAACCUUGAUGUCUUAUGGUAAUCUUCAAAUUACCAUUGAUCAGGGUUUAGCUACUCUAUUUUGUCCCCCGCUUUAAGUAAAUUGUAUACAAUACAUCCCCCCUUCUGAUUUAACAAUUGAUCACGAGUUUUUACCAAUAUUCAUCAAUUUGAUGCCUCAUUUGAUCAACGAUUGUGUGUAAUUGCUUAUAAAUUUGACAUUUACAUUCGAACUACGGUUGUAGACUUCUGAUGAUACAUAUUCAUGGUGUAAUUGGAUUAAAUCUUUAUGAAUGAAAGUCAUCAGUAUAUUGUGGUGUA